UGUAGUCGUUUUUGUUCGGCUACAGGUCGAUUGCGGUCUGGAUGGUACUGUCAAAAUUUAAACCAAUGACGAAGCCGCCUGUUCAUGACUCUUAUUGGUUGAAUCUCAACUAAGUACAUGACAACAUUGACAACCAGUCUUAGCUUACUUUCGAUGGGGAAUGUACGUAUGCAUUCAACGCAAAUAAUCUCGAUGAAAACAAGUUAUCUAAAAAAUAAGAGUAGGAUCGUGUAAAGAUAUUAUUCGGUUCAUAUGUGAAAGAUGAGUGUAAUAGUGCAAUUUGAUUGAUUUCCUAGUAUUAGGAAAUUUGUGCUCCUUGUUUAGUGAAAAUGAAUGGCAAAAUGCAUAGUGAAACCGGCGCUUUCUCAUCUGACGGCAUGCGCGCCGAAAUAUUGAACCCUUUUGUGCAUAAAUUGGAAUUAGAUAACACAUAUGAUAAAAUAAAGACGGCGAUAUUCACAGUGAUACUGCUGCCUUUCCGAGUGAUCGUCAUUUGUUACCUAAUAGUGACCGCCUGGUUCCUCGCGUGUAUCGGCCUUUAUGGCCUUAGCGAGGAAGACCUCAGGCGGAAACCUAUGACAGGAUGGAGGAGCAAGCUCCGUUUUUCCAUCCUCUCCCUGAUGCGCCUGGUGGUGGUGAUCGCCGGUUUCCACCGCGUCAAGAUCCUGGGCACCAAGCACGCGCCCAGCGACCACCGCGAGGCGCCAGUGGUCGUGAUGGCGCCACAUUCCAGCUUCUUUGACGCCAUCGCUAUCGUGUGUCUUGGCGCGCCGAGCGUGGUCGCUAAAGCGGAUACCGCACGGCUGCCGUUCAUUGGACAAUUGAUAAACUACACCCAACCUGUGUACGUCUGGCGGGAUGACCCCAACUCCAGGGCCAACACCAUUAAGGAGAUUAUCCAGCGAGCCACGUCUAAGGAGGACUGGCCUCAGAUCCUGAUCUUCCCAGAAGGAACCUGCACAAACCGCUCCUGCCUCAUCACCUUCAAGUCCGGCGGCUUCUACCCAGGUGUACCCGUACAGCCGGUCACCAUCCGCUACCCCAACGCAAGGGACACCGUCACCUGGACCUGGGAAGGACCUGGAGCAUUGAAGCUGCUCUGGCUCACGCUGACGCAAGUCCACAGCUCCUGUGAGAUCGAGUUCCUACCCGUGUACUACCCGAGCGAGGAGGAGCGCCGGGAUCCCAAGCUGUACGCCAGGAAUGUACGCGACGUUAUGGCUAAAGCCCUCGGUGUCCCAGUGUUGGACUACACAUACGACGACUGCCGAUUAAUCGCCAAGGCUAAGCAGCUGGGCAUCCCGAGCGCCCCCUCCGUGCGAGAAGUGGCUGAAUUGAGAGCGCAACUUGGGCUGGAGCGGUCGCAGAUCGAGCUGCAGCUGGUGUCGCAGGGCGGGGCGCGGCGCGCGCGCUGGCUCGCCGCGCAGGAGUGGGCGCGCCGGCUCGGCGUGGCGCCGGCCGACGCGCAGCGACUUGCGCAGCUCUUUAUACAGCCGUCGAGCGGUCUGAUCUACUUCCCGGACUACCUGCUGUGCGCCGCCUUCCUCAUCACGCAGCACCAGCCGCUCACACAACUCCUCUCUUACGCUUUCAAGAUAUACGACAGCACGGGCACGGGUCGCGUGAACGCAGCAACGUUCGAGGAGAUCGCGGGCCGCUGCCUCGGGCUCUGCCAGGAGGACGCACACAACACCUUCGGCCAGGCCGACCUGGACGAGAAGGGCUGGCUCACCUAUGAUGAGUUCAUCGCUUUCGCCCAAAAGAAGUCUUUCUUCUCGUUCCUAUUCGCUUGCGAGUCCGCACCGAAGCCUAAAUCCCAGUGAUCCGAGCUGACCCCCGUCACCACCGUCUCCGGCCAACUCGACAGCAGCAUGGCGUGAUCUGACGAAACCAGACUAGGGCUCAUUUAGACGAUGCGAGAACUCGCAGGCGAGUUUUAGUAGGUACAUUGCGGGUAUUGUCGGUCGGUUGAAUUGGACGUAACCAACAAUCCGCAAUGUAACUAAAAUCGCAUGCGACUUCGCGCGCCGUCUAAAUCAGUCCUAAAAAGAAUCAGAUUCGAAAGAAUUAUCAUCUGCCUCUAUUAUUAGGUGGGCCGUAUGCUUGUUUACCGCCGACGUGGUAUAAAAAAAGAAUGCCGUGGAAAUGCCUACGAGAGUUUCGUCCACUUCAAUAAAAGGUGAAUUGAGGUAAAGGCUCCUUCACACAGGCGCGUUUUCCGGGGCGUGAGCGGGGCGCGCCGCUUUUACAUAUAAAACGCUCACGCCCCGCCCAGAAGACCUGCCCGUGUGACGGAUCCUUAAAUCGGGGUAAAAAAAACUAGAUUUAUGUUAUAGUUUGGGAUUGGGACUGUCGCAUUCCAAACAUAGACAGAGAGAAUCGUGCUGUCAAUCUUCGUGUAUUCCUACUAGGACACGCCGCACGAUAGGAGUGACGUAUACCUAGGUUAAAGGUAAAAUACGAGAACUUAGUUAGGUUACAUGGGGUGAGAUAAACAUUCCUCAUACUGUUUCCCUUGCCCUAAGCAAAAUAAACAAUGUUGCUUUUACCCCACAUGAACUUAUCUCCAGUGGCAACAUCAACGUAUUUAUUCCAUUCGGAUCUUAAAAUAAUGUGGGUUAAACUUCGGUCAUACGGCCAAUUAAGAACAACAUUUUGUAAGGGAAACGCACUGCCGGCCUAGCCAAGGUUACAAUCGCUAUCGCUUCGACAACGAAAAGCAUUAUGUCUCUCUAUCACUCUUUCAUAUUAGUGUGACAGUGACAGUUGCGUUUCGUUCGCUACGAAGCGUAAGCGAUUGGCAUUUUGGCUACGCGGCCUGGUGCUCGACGCGGUCCCAGUACAUGUCAUUAUGAAACUUAAGUCAUUGUCAAUAGAGGUGACAGCAUUGGGCAUUAGCAUGUCGAGCACUAGUACCUUUACUUUUACUUUACCUUAUCUAUGGAAUUAUAUCAUUUUACAUUAUUUUAAGAUCCGAAUUAAAUAGACCAAAAUAUAUUAUAUCUUUUUUGUACAAAUGGAAGUGAGUAAGUAUAUUGUUGAACAACGGGUAUGAAUAACUACAAAUUAUUAGAACUGUAAGAGUUAGGAGUAAUGCUUUUAUCUGAUUUUAUAUUCAGUGGCAUGAAUUAUAAGCAAGUACAAUUUGUUCUUGGCAUUAAUUAUGAUUUUAAUUUAUUUAUUAAAUGUAAAGCACAUGAGAAUAUAUAUUUACUCAUAAUUUUAUCAGGUCUAUAGAGCCAGACCAAGAAGAGUCUGCAGCGGAUUUGAUAGUCACGCAGUGUAUGUGUAAUUUAAACGUCAAACUUCUAUGAAAUUAUGAUGUAUAAAUAACACUUACACUGCGUGGGUUGUCAAAUCCGCUGCAGACUUUUUUUGGUGCGACUCUAGCGACGUUUCGCGGAUGACAGAUGUGAUGUUAUGAUUUAAUAUACGUUCGAAACGCGAAAGUUUUAAAUGUUACAAAUAAGUAUAGAUCUUGAAAUUAUUCGAUAGAGGCUACUUAUUUAUCUAUUUAUCUAUAUUAUAU